GUUCAAGUCAAGCGCGGACGCCUCUGGCGUGCGAUGCAAGGCUUGCUAGGCCGCGAGCCUAGGUGCACCGGCGGCACUCUUCGAUCGUCGUCUCGUCUUGGCGCAGAAGGGUGCAGUGGGAAUGACUAACCCACCAGUCGGACUCUUCCUCGCAGGGACUGUGCUGCUCGUCGGGGUUCCCCGCAGCGUGAGCGACGUGGUGCACGUGAACUACGGCUACUUCAGGGAGUCCGCAGGCCACCUGUGGACCUACGCCAUCGACGCCCACUCCUGGCACGACGUGGAGACGAACACCACGUACAGGUACACCUUCUGGCCCCAGACGUCGGGCGGCAAGGUGAUCGAGAAGCUCCAGAACGGCGAGCUCGACAUGGCGCACCUCGGCAACGCGCCCUGGGGCGCCGGAGCGACGCGCGGGAUCCCGGCGAAGAUGGUGUACGUGAUUCACUCCAAGGACCCGAUAAGAGCCAGAACCUGGUCACGAGGCAAGGUAUCAACACACCCAUGGAUUUGAAGGGCAAGCGGCUCGCAUACAUUCAAGGCUCGACGACCCACUACAUGUUGGAGGGUUUUUUAGAGCAGACGGCGCUCUCUGUUUCUGACCUGGAAUGGGUGGGGCACAUGACUGCCGCCGACCAGAAAGCUGCCUGGGACAAGGGCACGAUCGACGCUGGAUACAUGUGGGGAC